AUGAUUUUGCAUUUCCGGGAGGACUGUUUUGUUUACUAACGGUUAUCCCUGUCAGCUUGGGCACACUGCUUUGGAUGGCUGUGCAUAGCAGUGUGAUUACAGUAAAGCACACUGACAUUGCCCCCUAGUAAAACACUCCCUGCACACAGUUAACCCUUUGAUCGCCCCUCAUGUUAACCCCUUCCUGCCCAGUGCCAUUAGUACAGUGUCAAUGGUUUUUUGUUGCACUGAUCACUGUAUUGGUGUCACUGGGGAUGUCAGUAACACUAAGUCAGUUCCCCCCCCCCCCCCCUGUGAGCAUGUCCGCCGCAGUCCCACUAUAA